UGAAUAACCAAAUCGAAUAGUUUUUGAAUUAAGAAAUUUAUAACAAUUAUUCAAAAUUUUUACAUAUCUAAAUAUAAAUAAAUGAAAUAUAUAAUGUUAAAGAUUUUUUCGUGAAAUUUUAAAUUCAAAGAAAUUGUUUACCCUGUAUUUUGAAGACUUCUAACAGCUGUUUAAAGUUAUAUUGUCUUGUAUCCUUUUUAACUAAAAGAAAAUAUAAACAAAUUAAAUGUUAUUGAAUAAAUGUUGAUAUUAAUAUUUAAAAAUGCUAUUAUGGGAGGCGUUUUGUAACCGCUGGCUAGUCGCUACUUUUGGCAUUUUAUUGUUUAUUUUCGGAGCAGUGGUGCUAUUUUGGAAUGAAGGCCGUGCGGUGCACACAAUUAUGUCGCUUGAUGAAGCUCUAGAUGAAGCUGUCUCAAUUAAUCCAACCGAUCAUUUAGAACAUAACUACAAUGGACGUAUUGUACAUAUGGCAGGACCCAUUAUUAUUGGCGAACCACUUACAGAACCAGACUACAACAUACAAGUUUUAGCAGUCAAGUUGCGUAGACGUGUACAAAUGUAUCAAUGGGUGGAGGAGACAGUUGAAAAUAAUUAUGGUGAAAGUGUAGCUUCAGUGCAGAGCGAAGGCCGUACUUAUUACUAUACAAUGGAGUGGCGCGACAAACUGAUAGACUCACGUAGGUUUUAUAUAGAAACAGGUCAUCAUAAUCCUGAACGUUUUCCCAUCGAAAGUGUAACACAAAUUGCUGAUGCAGUAUAUAUAGGAAAAUAUGAGCUUGGUCCACAUGUGAAGGAAAAAUUUUCUAAUUAUGUAGAACUUACAUCAGAUCAGAGACCUGAAGAUGCAUCAAUUAAAUUGCAUUUAGGCAUAUAUUAUCAUUCGAAUGAUGUUUUCAAUCCUGAGAUUGGUGAUGUGCGAUUGUUAUUUUCAUUUAGCGGUAUGGAGGGUGAAAUGUAUACCAUUGUGGGAAAGCUAGAAAAUAACAAAAUUGUGCCAUAUAAAACUAGUCGUGGACUCGAUGUAUUGUUAGUUUAUAGUGGUGAACUGAAUCUCAGUGAAGUAUUUAAGCAGGAACAUCAUGCACAACGGUUAACCACUUGGGGCUUUCGUUUCAUGGGCUGGGUCUUAGUAUUUUUCGGCGCCACAUGUACUUCAACAUUGUUACACAUUAUACUUAUGCGUGUACAAUUUUUAUCUGCACUCGCUCCAGAUCCACAUUAUCCAGUAGGCGCUAAUGUUGUGCUCUCCCUCUCAAUGGCUUUAAUAAUAGCCUCAAUAGCUUGGGUAUUACACCGUCCUAUGAUUGGUGCUGGACUUCUAUUUGCGGCAGCUUCUCCUUUCGUUUGGUGUGCGCGUGGAGUAGCAAAUUACGAACCAGUUAACUAAAAUUGUGAAUUCCUAAGAGACUUGUUUUCAGCUUCGAAACGCAUUUGGUUUUUUAAUACGGUACUUAAUUUAAUUUAAGUUUGGACUAUUAUUUUUAUUACAUUUUUUGAAAACUAAGUUGGUCUUUAAAAUCUAUUUGUGUUUUAAAGUAAUAUUUAAACAAAUAAUGAGCAAAUAUAAUAAAGGAUAUUAGUUUUAAAUAUUUAAAUCCAUAAUAUUAGUUAUUGAAAUGUUGAUCUAAAAUAUAUGUGCUUGUAAAUUAAAUCAUAAAAACUUGACAAAAUUU